UUUUGAUAAACUAUAAAUGGCACUGAAACAAGACACGCUAUUUCACUCACCUCCUGAUCAAAGAUGGAUCUGCAACUCUCAGUUUUUCUUCUGUUCAUUCUCUUCACUCCAGGACAUUCUCUCAGCUGUUAUGAGUGCAUGAGUAUGACGGGUUCUUGUGCAGAACAAACAGUUAAAACAUGUCCUAUUGGAACUUCUCAGUGCGAGAGUGCAACAGCUGUAACACAAAUUGGUGCCAUAACUUCUAAAGUGAAGUCUAAAAAUUGUGCUGCUGCCUGUCAAAGUGGGUCAAUGAAUAUCGGCAUGGUGCGGAUGACUUCUUCCUGCUGUGGCACAGACCAGUGUAACGCUCAAGAUGCUCCAGAUUCCUCUAACAUCCCCAAUGGAAAGCAAUGUUUCUCUUGUGAUGGAAAGAGCUGCUCAAACACAGUGAGCUGUUCAGGGACUGAAGAUCGCUGCAUUAAAGCAACAGGGACUUUUGGAGACCAGUCAGUGGUUGUAAAAGGCUGUGUAUCUAAAUCCAUUUGUGAUGCCACAUCAGUUAGUAAUGUUCAGGGCAUCACAUGUUGUGAGGGGAACCUGUGUAACGGGUCUCAGAGUGUCACCCAGAGCUUGCUGUUUCUCUGCGGUUCUCUGCUCUCCUACUUCCUGAUGCACUGAAUACAGCAGAUCUUCACAUUCUACAAUCAGACAUGCUUUACUGAAUAUACAACUUGGAUUUCUUUGUACUAUACCAUUGACGUUCUGAUUGUUAUUAUUUGUUUUGCUGUAUAAAUCUGAUGUGACAUUUUAUGAAAUAAAAUAAAAUACUACAUCACCUUU